AUGUUAAGCCCCGACCGCUACGUCAUCCCUCUCGGAUCCUGGAUCCUUGUCACAGGUUCCAACGGCUAUAUCGGCUCUCAGGUUGUUGACACUCUCCUCAAGCUUGGCUACAAUGUUAGAGGUACUGUGCGAAUGGAGCGGCCGUGGCUCCAUGAGUUCUUUAAAUCAAAACAUGGCCCAGGCAGGUUUGAGAGUGUGGUGAUACCGCGACUAGAAGAUGAUGAUUCAUUGAACACCUGCAUGCAAGACAUAUCCGGAAUAGUUCAUGUUGCAUCUGACAUGACAAUGGCCUCGGAUCCUAAUAAGGUCAUUCCGCCGGUCGUUUCCGCGACGCUGAACGUCAUGAAGGCCGCGCAGCAGGCGGGGACGGUGAAACGCGUAGUCUUGACAUCUUCGAUGUGCGCGGUAGGGUUCCCAAAGUUCAAUGGAGAGGUAGUUACGUUCGACACAGAGAAAUGGAACGAUGAGGCGGUCAAAGCAGCUUGGGAUGAGAACUCCCCAGCUGAACUCAUGCCCAUGAUCGUGUAUGGCGCUUCAAAAGCCGAAGGAGAGCGGGCUGCCUGGAACUGGGUGAAAGAAAAUAAGCCGAACUUUUCGUUUAACUCUGUGCUUCCGAAUGUGAAUUUCGGGAGGAUCCUUCACCCCGAAAUCGGUGGUACAAUGAUGAAGAUAACGCGAGAUCUCUUAGACGGCAAUACCUUGGUGAUGAAUAUACCGCCUCAAUGGCGCAUCGACGUCGAAGACGAUGCUCGGCUUCAUGCUGCCGCUCUCCUAGAUCCGGACGUCGUUUCUGAACGUAUUUUUGGAGUUGCUUCUCCGUUUAACUGGACAGACGUGAUUGGGAUCCUGCAGAAACUCCGGCCUAACAACAAGAAAAUCCCGGAUCCGCCAGAGAACGAACCUCGUGAUCUAACCAACAUGGCGCCAGCGAAGCGAGCUGAAGAGCUGCUACAGUCAUUCUUUGGGAAAGGAUGGACUGGCAUUGAGGAAUCAUUGGCAGCCGGGAUCGCUGGCCACGAAUAG